AUGCGGAGGUAUGAAAAAGCAAACGAAAGCAAAGCCAUCCCCUCCCUUUUCUCCCCACUAUUACUGUCGAUCGUCACUUCGCCGAACCCCGUAGACUGUUCGAUCGCAAGGGGAAACUUCUCCGAACGGGAAGUUUCGUCAUUCCAUCGCCCGUCGGUUCCCACACCGACGAUAGUCGACCCUCAGCACCGAUUGCAAAACGAGCUACGUGGAUCGGAAAGAACGCAGUUCCAGUCUCCGUUCGAUCCGAAGAUGCAACCGCGGUUCGUCCUGCUCGCCCUUCCCUUCUGUCUUCUCUCGUUCUCGUCCGGGGAGUUCCCAUGCCCCGAGGCCGACGAAAUCCUUCCUUGCGUCUGCUCCUACGAGGUAGCCACGAACGAAGUGCUCGUGGACUGCUCGGCGGCGAACACGAGCGCUCAGAUCUUCACGGCCUUCAACGACGGAUUCUGGCCUUUCACGAAGCUCACGGAAUUUAGGCUGGAUGGGUUCCGGCAGGUGACAGAACUACCCGAAGGGGUCUUCGGGGAUAUUUCCUUCCAGAGGAUCUACGUGGAGACGACCGACUUGGUCUCCGUCCAUCCGUCGGCCCUGCUGUCGUCCGAGGACGACCUCGAGCGGCUGCGGAUCCGGUAUUCCCACCUGGGCGGGUUCCCUUGGGAGACCCUGGCCGAGCUCGCCGGGCUCGCGUACCUGGACCUCGUGUUCAACGAUUUGACGGCGAUGUCCAGCUUCCAAGGCCCCAGCCUCGAGGAGCUCCACGUUUCUAACAACAUGAUUGCCACGCUCACGGCUGGAUCAGGGAUGAACGAACCAAGUGGCUGCUUCUGUACAUCCACCCUUUUGUGCGGCUUUGUCGACGAUAAUCCCAUCUCGGUGAUCCCCUACGGGUUCUUCGAGGGAAUGGACAACUUGGUGGAAUUCCAGUGUCGUUCGUGCAACCUGGGACCUACGGUGUCGAACGGGUCUCUGGCAUUCCGUAGCCGAUCCCUGGAAUCCGUUUACCUCGUCGACAACAUCAUAUCCACCAUCGAACCCGAUGGCAUCAGCGGUAUGCAUCUCCUUCGAAUUCACUUUGUGCUUCGCGGUACGACGUAG